AUCAACCCUUCUACCUGAACCAGCAUGGAAAACGAGAAGAAUUCCGUCAAGAAAUUAAACGAGCAACCCUUGAGGCCAGUCGAUUCUCUGACGGACCGCAUGCCGUCGGAGAACAACAGCCAUCAUAAUCUACCACUAGCAGCGGCACCCCAAGCUCUAUUUCAGAAGCUCAGUAUACUAGACCGCUUGCUCACGCCGGCUAUAUUGGUAUGCAUGAUCGUCGGGGUGGUCAUAGGCGAGUUUGUACCUGGUGUGCAGCAAGCGUUCGACACCGUCAAAUUCUACAGUGUCUCCGUCCCGAUUGCAAUAGGGCUCAUUGUUAUGAUGUGGCCUAUUCUUACCAAGGUCAAAUAUGAAGCCCUUUCGCGAAUAUUGUUGUCGAGACGUUUAUGGAUGCAUAUGGGAAUUAGCAUGAUUCUGAACUGGAUCAUUGGCCCCCUUAUUAUGCUCGGUGUUGCAUGGGCUACGCUCCCCGACCUCCCGACGUACAGGACAGGUGUGAUCCUCGUCGGGCUCGCUCGUUGCAUUGCCAUGGUCAUGGUGUGGAAUCAGUUAGCCGGGGGGGAUGGUGAAUACUGCGCGAUUCUCGUCGUCGUUAACUCGGUGCUCCAAAUCAUCCUCUACUCACCCUACGCAGUCUUGUUUGUGAACGUCGUUGGACACACCGAGCAGGGUGUCCAUCUUGCAUACGGUUCGGUGGCGAUCUCAGUUCUCAUCUACCUUGGAAUUCCUCUCCUUGCUGGUGUCAUCACACGCUUCACAGUCAUUCGACUGACGUCGAAGGAAUUCUUUGACACGACUUUUGCACCACGAUUUUCCCCUCUCUCCUUCAUCGGUCUCCUGUACACCAUCAUCGUUAUGUUUGCAUACCAAGGACAUCACAUCGUGCAGAAUCUCGGUCCUGUUUUCCGGGUAUUCGUACCAAUGAUCCUAUAUUUCGUGAUCAUGUGGACGUCAGCAUUUGCGCUUGUGUUCUGGCUCGGUCGCCGAGAAUUUCGCAAAGGGAACACGGAUAGUGGUAAUUUCUCGUAUGAGCUGGCAGUGGUGCAGGCUUUUACUGCAGGAAGCAACAAUUUCGUGCGUAUCUCCAGGUCGCUUUAUUGAAUGAUGUACUAAGCAAGUGGAUUGCGUAGGAGCUUGCGAUUGCAGUAGCAAUCUCUGGGUGGCCCAAUAUUUGCGUG